CCUUAUCCCUUCCACUUCCUGCCUCUCUUGUUAUUUCACUGGACCUCUCCUCUACCUCACCAGCUGCCUAUCAUUACUUCACAAAUCCUUUCAUUUUUCCUUUAAGUGCUAAAACAGAGGAAAUAAACUAAUAAUUCAUCUCCCCAUGCCACCACCAUAACACCAAACAAUGAAAUGAAACCAUAAAGAAACCAUCCCUCUCUUUCUUGAACCCUUUUCUUUUGAAAUCAAGAAAAAAAACCAAAAAAAAAUGAAGAGAGAUCAUCAAGAAACCAUUGGUGGUGGUAUUGGAAACAGAGCUGAAUCUUCUUCUUCAUCAAUGGAAACUGGGAAAGGAAAAUCAUGGGUUGAAGAUGAUCAAGAUGCGGGUGGCAUGGAUGAAUUACUUGCUGUUUUGGGUUACAAAAUUAAGUCUUCAGAUAUGGCUGAUGUAGCUCAAAAGCUUGAACAACUAGAGAUGGUUUUGGGUUCUGAAGAUGGAAUUUCUCAUCUUGCUUCUGAUACUGUUCACUAUAACCCUUCAGAUCUCUCUGGUUGGGUUCAAAGUAUGCUUUCUGAAUUCAACAAUCUACCUUCUACUGAUCUUGAUUCAUCUAUUCUUCUUUCCAAUAAUCGAGAUUCACUCCUUGGACAACCUUCCACUAUCACCCCCUUAGAUUUCCCCAGUAAUUCUCAAUCUAAAGUAUUCGCUGACGACUCUGAAUAUGAUCUCAGAGCAAUCCCUGGAGUUGCUGCCUAUCCACAACAAGAACUCGAUAAGAGUAACGACAGGAAGCGAAUGAAGCUCACUCCAAUUGGGUCUAAUAUUGCGCCGGCACCAUCUGUGAAUUCCUUACAAUCUCCCACUGCGUCUUCCACUUCUUCUUCAUCUCCGCAAGCAAUGGCAGUUUCAGGUACUUUGUCAGAGCCCACAAGACCUGUAGUCCUGGUUGACUCACAGGAAACUGGAGUCCGUCUUGUCCACACACUUUUGGCUUGUGCAGAGGCAAUUCAGCAAGAAAAUCUUAAACUUGCUGAUGCCCUUGUUAAGCAUAUAGGACUACUUGCAGCAUCUCAAACUGGGGCUAUGAGAAAAGUUGCAACUUACUUCGCUGAAGCUUUAGCUCGUCGAAUUUACAAGAUUUUCCCUCAAGAUUACUGUCUCGAUUCUUCAUGUUCAGAUACUUUAGAGAUGCAUUUCUACGAAACUUGCCCUUAUCUCAAGUUCGCACAUUUCACUGCCAAUCAAGCCAUUCUUGAAGCUUUCGCGAAUGCAAGUCGAGUCCACGUUAUCGAUUUUGGUUUAAAACAGGGAAUGCAAUGGCCGGCGUUAAUGCAAGCUCUUGCAUUAAGGUCUGGUGGUCCGCCAGCGUUUCGGUUGACGGGGAUCGGGCCGCCGCAGCCUGAUAACACAGAUGCUUUGCAGCAAGUGGGGUGGAAGCUGGCACAAUUGGCUCAAACUAUUGGAGUAGAAUUCGAGUUUCGCGGAUUCGUAGCAAACUCUCUGGCGGAUCUUGAUGCGGAGAUGCUUGGCCUCCUCCCUCCAGAGGUGGAGGCAGUGGCUGUUAACUCAGUUUUUGAGCUGCAUCGCUUGUUGGGUCGGCCGGGUGGCAUCGACAAGGUUCUCGGGUCUAUCAAGGCCAUGAGACCUAAAAUAGUGACGAUUGUUGAACAAGAAGCAAACCACAACGGUCCGGUUUUUCUAGACCGGUUCACAGAGGCCUUACAUUAUUACUCGAGUUUGUUUGACUCUCUCGAAGGGUCCGGUUUGACUCCACCGAGUCAGGACCUGGUUAUGUCCGAGCUGUACUUAGGGAGGCAUAUUUGUAAUGUGGUGGCAUGCGAAGGGGCUGACCGAGUUGAGCGACACGAGACGUUGGCUCAGUGGAGAACUCGGUUUGAUUCGGCUGGGUUUGACCCGGUUCAUCUUGGGUCGAAUGCCUUUAAACAAGCUAGUAUGUUGUUGGCCCUCUUCGCCGGUGGUGACGGGUAUAGGGUGGAGGAGAAUAAUGGCUGUCUCAUGCUUGGGUGGCAUACAAGGCCACUAAUUGCCACCUCGGCGUGGCAGCUCGCCGCUGGUGAUUCACAACAAUGAUUCAACGCAGCUGAGCUUUAGCUACCGAAUCAAUGAAAACUCAACUCAGGAAACCCUUGUGAAUUUAGUAGAGUGAAGUGGUUGAGGGUGAGAGUGAGAUCUUUACACUCGAGAGGUUUAAGAGUUAAAACCCAACCCAAGUGUGUAAUUGUAGUUUUUUUUUUUAACACCUCUGUCAAUUUUUUUUUCUUUUUGUUUAACUUGCUUUGGAAGAAGGCCUUUUCAAUGUAAUUUCUUAGAUUUUUUUUUUUAAAUCCAGAUGUGUAUCUAUAUGUUAACUCUUUAAUAAAAUGGAUCGGUCUUUUUUCACA